CCCUUGUGUCUGUCUGACUGACUGGGGAAAAAAUCCGCUAAAGUGAGUCUGUCGCCGCCGCUUUAUUCAUCAAAACCAGCUUUAGUUCGACAGGAUUCCUCUCGGAGCCGGUCAGUGAUCGCGCAGGCAGCGGCGGAAGCUCGUUUCACUCACUUUAUUUAUUUUCAGCCGGAGAUUCGCGCGAUCAAACACACAGUCGAGUCGGAACCGAACAUGAGCGCGCUGGAGACUCUGGACCGAGUGGAGCUGUGUGAGAGUCUGCUGACCUGGAUCCAGACGUUUGGUGUGGAGGCGCCAUGUUCGACAGUAGACGAGCUGACCAGUGGACUGGCCAUGGCACAAGUCCUGCAGAAAAUUGAUGUCAUUUAUUUCACUGACGCUUGGAUCAGUCGUAUUAAAGCUGAUGUUGGAGACAACUGGAGGUUAAAGAUCAGCAAUUUAAAGAAAAUAUUGAAAGGUAUUCUGGAUUACAACCAUGAGAUUUUGGGGCAGCAGAUCAAUGAUUUCACUCUUCCAGACGUCAGUCUCAUCGCAGAACAUUCAGAUGCAGCUGAACUGGGCCGAAUGCUGCAGCUCAUCCUGGGCUGUGCUGUUAACUGUGAACAGAAACAAGAAUACAUCCAGACCAUCAUGAUGAUGGAGGAGUCGGUCCAGCACGUGGUCAUGACCGCCAUCCAAGAGCUCAUGAGCAAAGAGACGCCCGUGUCCGCAGGAAACGACUCGUAUGUGGAUCUUGACCGGCAGUUGAAGAAGACGGUGGAGGACCUGAACGACGCUCUGGCCACUAAAGAGGAGAUCGCUCAGAGGUGCCAUGAGCUCGACAUGCAGGUGGCGGCUCUGCAGGAGGAGAAGAGCAGUCUGCUGGCGGAGAACCAGGUGCUGAUGGAGCGGCUCAACCAGUCGGACUCCAUCGAGGAUCUGAACAGCCCGGCGGGACGCAGACACCUGCAGCUUCAGACGCAGCUGGAGCAGCUGCAGGAGGAGACCUUCAGGACGAGCGCUCUGGACGAGUCUCAGUUGAGCUGGCACUGCCUGCCUCUGCCCUCUCAGCUGCCCCGGUGGAGAUUGGAGGCGGCUAAGGACGAUUAUCGCAUCCGCUGUGAGGAGCUGGAGAAGGAGCUGCUGGAGGUCAGAGGUCAGAACGAGGAGCUGACCUCUCUGGCAGAGGAGGCGCAGUCGCUCAAAGACGAGAUGGACGUGUUGAGGCAUUCGUCUGAUAAGGUGUCCAAGCUGGAGGGGCAGGUGGAGGCGUACAAGAAGAAGCUGGAGGAUCUGGGCGAUCUGAGGCGGCAGGUGAAGCUGCUGGAGGAGAAGAACACCAGCUACAUGCAGAACACCGUCACGCUGGAGGAAGACCUGCGCAAGGCCAACGCCGCUCGAGGACAGCUGGAGACCUACAAGAGACAGGUGGUGGAGCUUCAGAACAAGCUCUCGGAGGAGUCCAAGAAAGCCGACAAGAUGGAGUUUGAGUAUAAACGAGUGAAGGAGAAAGUCGACUCGCUUCAGAAAGAGAAAGACCGGAUGAGGACGGAGCGAGACUCUCUGAAGGAGACCAUCGAGGAGCUGAAGUGUGUCAAAGCUCAAGAGUCUCAGCUGACCUCAGGUUUGGUGCCGCUGUGCAGUAACGAGCCGUCUGAUUCGCUGGCUGCAGAAAUCAUCACACCGGAGAUUCGGGAGCGUUUGAUUCGCCUGCAGCACGAGAAUAAGAUGCUGAAGCUGGCUCAGGAGGGCUCUGAUAACGAGCAGAUCGCGCUGCUGCAGAGUUUACUGGAGGACGCCAACAGCAGGAAGAACGAGCUGGAGACCGAGAACAGGCUGGCCAAUCAGAGGCUGCUGGAGGGUCAGUCUCAGGUGGAGGAGCUGCAGAAGUCUCUUCAGGAACACGGAUCCAAAGCAGAUGAUGCGUCUGUUGACUCAGGUCUGCUCUCUUCUGUCUGUCCAUCAAAUCUCUCUCAGUCUGCUAUGGUGUUAUUGAAGAGGAAGCUUCAGGAACAUCUAGAGAAAUUAAGGGACGCCACUAACCAGCUUCAGGAGAAGAGCGCAGAGAUCGAAGAGCUGGAGAACAAACACAGCUCCAGCGCUCAGAGGAUUGAAGAGCUGGAGGACGCGCUGAAGAAGAAAGAUGAAGACAUGAAACAGAUGGAGGAGAGAUACAAGAAAUACCUGGAGAAAGCCAAGAGCGUCAUCCGUACGCUGGACCCCAAACAGAAUCAGGGUUCUGCUCCUGAAGUUCAGGCCCUGAAGAACCAGCUGCAGGAGCGCGAGAGGAUGCUGCACUCGCUCGAGAAGGAGUACGACAAGACAAAGUCUCAGAGAGACCAGGAGGAGAAACUCAUUGUAUCUGCCUGGUACAACAUGGGAAUGGCUCUGCAGAAGAAAGCGGCGGAGGAUCGGCUGGCCAGCACCGGCUCGGGUCAGUCCUUCCUGGCCCGGCAGAGACAGGCCACCAGCACCAGACGGUCGUAUCCGGGCCACGUGCAGCCCACCGCAGCCAGUGAUGUUAAAGCAUGAGCGGCAGGGGGCGGGGCUGCAUGACAUCAGGGGGCGGGGCUGCAUGACUGACAGUGAUUUGAGCAGUUUAACCCAUCGCUGCACACUAACUAACCCAUGCUGUCCCAGAAUGCUCUGGUCUCGCGCACCGAUCGGAAGUGGGCGGGGCCGGCGCGUGUCAAUCAUCGGGCAGAAGAGCGCGAGCUUCGACUGUUACGCUUUAAAGACGGAUGAUGUUCCUCACGUCUGUUUAGUUGCUUUGAUCAUUGUUUCAGUAUUUUCUGUAGUUUCUAUGAACAAACGAGCCUCUUCAUCGUCAUCGCUGCAUCAUCAGCCAUUAGAGCGAAUGACGGAGGAGCCGAACCCAGUCUGUUACCCAUAGUGUUGAACUCUAUUUAUUUGAUGCUGAAUCAGUAAGUGCUUUUGAUGAUUCUGACACAAUGUUACAAACUGCUGCAGUAAAUCUUCUGCUUUUCUUCAUCAGCUGUUACUAAAUAUUCCCGUAACGCACAGCGAUUGCCGGACGAGACGGACGCGUGUCUGCGAUCAGUAUCUAGUGUUGUUUUUAAGAGGCGAUUGAUUGAAUGUUUGAGGCUUUCUGAUCACUGUGGACCGAGUUCAGAGGUUAAACGCUAAAGGUCUCUCGCAACCGUCCAUGAGCAGACUAACGCCUCGAACCGAGGAAAACGGUCGUGAUCUUGCUGUGUGAGAUUGAUUUUAUCAGAACUUUCAUCUGAAGUAGCAAACAUUCGUUCCAUUUGCCAAGUUUUAUAUUGCUUGUAUACAAUAUGUACAUACUGUAUGUGUGCGACGCUGGAGGAACGUUCAGCAGUUCAUGGCGAGAACCGAUUAGAUGCGUUUCAUAAUGUGUCUCCAUUGAUGAACUUGUGCUUCCGACGCUGCAAAACUGUACAGUUGUUAUUCAAGUUGUAAAUAAAGCUUGUAUAAAACAUUCAUGUUUCAAAA